AUGAAAUGGGAUUAUGGAGUGUCCGGAUUCGCAUUUACAGAAGCAUUUCGUAAGGGAUCUUUCGACGCUACUAUGAAGGCAGGCUGGACGCAGAUAAGGAAGGAAAAGUUAUUUCGUUGGAACGAUACCAGAUCCCUUGAAGAAAAGGUGAAUUCUACGUUGGAGGCUGUUUCAAGAAAGAAAGGCGAAAAAGUGAAGAAUAUUCGUUAUUAUCCUAUUUAUUCGGGCUACACAAUGGACAUCUGUAACAAAUGUGUAGUAGAACGGCGUCAGCUAAGUCCAUUCCAUGACUCAUAA